AUGGUCAAAAUAGCCCUCCUCGGCGCAGCCGGCCAAAUCGGCACUCCGCUUAGUCUUUUAUGCAAGACAAGCGGCCUAUUUGAUGAAAUCUCUCUAUACGACCUCGUCCACGUCCCCGCCAUCGCCAUGGACCUGAACCAGAUCGACACCAAAGCCAAGGUCACUGGCUACCUUGCCGCAGACGAUGGCCUCCAGAACGCACUCACAGUGUAUAUAUCGUCGUCGUAA